UUCUUUCAUACCCAUCUUCCACAUUAGUCAGUUUCUUCCUUCCUCUGCCACGCAUCCCUUUUUCUCUUACUUAGGUAUCAUUGGGGUUUAAGAAAGAUGGCUCUUUUGGAAUCAAAAAAAGACAGAGGGGAGGUGAGGAUUCAUGAAAGUUUGGAUGAACUUAGUACAGAUUUGGCUGAUUAUAUAGCAGAAUUAUCAGAGGCAUCAGUUAAAGAGCGUGGUGUUUUUGCCAUUGCUUUAUCUGGAGGUUCUCUCAUUAGCUUGAUGAGGAAUCUUUGUGGAGCUCCUUAUAACAAGACUGUAGAUUGGUCCAAAUGGUAUAUAUUCUGGGCAGAUGAACGUGUUGUGGCCAAGAAUCAUGUAGACAGCAACUAUAAGUUUGCCAAAGAUCAUCUUUUAUCUAAGUUACCAAUUGUUCCGAGCCAUGUACAUUCCAUCAACGAUUCUCUGACUGCAGAAGAAGCUGCGAACGAAUACGAGUUUGUGAUCAGACAGCUGGUCAGAACCCGAGUGGUCAACGUGUCUGAUGUCAGCGACUGCCCGAAGUUUGAUCUAAUCCUUCUAGGGAUGGGCCCGGAUGGCCACGUGGCAUCCCUGUUCCCUAACCACGCGGUUCUUGAAGAAAAGAACGAGUGGGUGACAUUCAUCACCACAUCCCCUAAGCCUCCGCCAGAAAGAAUCACGUUCACGCUACCGGUUAUCAACUGUGCAGCCAAUGUGGUGGUUGUGGUGACAGGUGUUGGAAAAGCGGAAGCUGCCCGGCUGGCGAUAGACGAUGAUGUGGGACCGGAGGGUCAUGUGUUGCCAGCUAGGAUGAUCCAACCAGCUGUAGGGAAACUGGUGUGGUUUUUGGAUAAUCAGGCUGGUUCAAAGUUGAAGAGGUUUUCUAAGUAGAGUAGAGGGUGUGUAUGUAGUGAAGGAAAUGAAAUGAAUCCAUACAUGUUUUAUGGCUCCUAUUUUGGAUGGUUUCCUGUUUUUGGGUUUUUGAAAGGGGCUGGUUAGUGGCAAAAUUGUGAUUUACCCUUUUUUGGGUUUUUUUUUAUUUAUUUUAAAUUAGAAGAGGUGUUUGACAAGUUUACCCUUCAACCAACUUUUCAGUAUUGUGCAAAGUCAAUGAAGCUGAACUCAU